AUGGGCCAGUCUCUUUACCUUCUUUCAAUCGCUCUGCACCUGUCUAGCAGCUGGGCUGCUCCUCAGUUCAGCAGUGGUGCUCCCGGGCUCCCGAGCGGACGUCCAACCGACUUCCCCACGGGCAUUCCCACGCCUGGACCGCUCCCUACUGGCCGUCCAACGGGCAUCCCGAGCGGUAUUCCCAGCGGUAUUCCCAGUGGUGUCCCGAGCGGUAUCCCAAGCGGCGUUCCCAGCGCUGACCUUGAGGUACGCCAGGUACCAACGCCAACUGGUAUCCCAACCGGUUGGCCCACUGGUAUUCCAACAGACUGGCCAACCGACAUCCCGACUGGUUGGCCAACUGGCUGGCCAACCGGCUGGCCAACUGAAAUUCCUACUGGUUUCCCAACCGGUAGACCUACCCCGAGCGGGAUCCCUAGCGGUAUCCCAAGCGGCGCUCCUAGCCCUGAUCUUGAGGAGCGCCAGAUACCAACACCAACUGGUAUCCCAACCGGUUGGCCCACUGGCAUUCCAACUGGCUGGCCAACCGAUAUCCCGACUGGUUGGCCAACCGACUUCCCAACUGGUUGGCCAACCGACUUCCCAACUGGUUGGCCAACCGACUUCCCAACUGGCUGGCCAACUGGCCCCGUCCCUACUCCCUCUGGACCAUUCCCCACUCCCAGUGGCAUUCCCGGGGGCCCCUCCAACGUCGAUGAUGUGAAUGCCCUGGCUGCUCCUCCUACUAGUGGCCCUGGUGGCCCAGUGCACACUCCUCAUCCUUCUCACACUGGUCCUCCUCCUUCAGUCUCUCACUCUAGCCGCCCUGUCCCUACUCCUGGCCCUCCCCCAUCGUCGGGCUUCCACACCCGCACCCGAACUGCGACCCUCUAG